CGGCAGCAGGAGCCGGCGCGGGGGUUGCGGGGGUUGCGGGCGAGUCGGGAGCGGGAGGCGCCCGGCCGAAGCCCCGGGCUGGGCCCAGCGCCCCCCCUCGCGCGCGCCGCGUCGCCCUGCUCCCCGCGCCUCCGCCGCAGUUCCAUUGCUCCUCGUUGUCCGCAGGAAGAGGAUAGCGCAGCCGCCAAAGAGAACUCGAAGAACCCCAGCAAGAACAAGGGCGGCGCUAUCGCUGCCUCCUCCGCCUUGGAGGCGACACCCGCCCACCCGCGGAAGGCGUCCGAGGCCCUCUUCACGAGAAGACGCAGAACUAAGAUUAUAGAAAGAAUUCUGAGAGAUCUCUGGAUGGAAAAAGUUAAACAGAGUUUAAUGAAGCAAGAGAGAAUAAUAGAAAGAAAAAAGAGUGAGGUGGCACUAAAAGCCUGGAGAAGAAAAUUUAUGAUACCAGAUAUGUCAUUUGUACGUAAUUAUAGUAAGUAUUUGAAUAAAAUAAAUAUCCUUAAUAAUUUUGAGUUUAAAGCUCCCUACGAUCUUCACACAGAUGAGCCAUCAAUUACUAGACGGGUGGAAAGGGAGGACCUUGAAGCUCUAACCGCGACGCUUGAGGACAAUAUGGCUGCCCUUGAAGGUUCUCCUGAGGAACAACAUAAAGCUCUUGCUCGAAGAGUUGAUGUGUUAACGGAACUGCAGAAACGACUACAUGCUUUACGACUUAAGUCCACGCAAGAAAAUGCUUACUUCUUAGAGAGUAAAAGAUUGGCCAGCCAUCACGAUAGAAAUAGUUUGGUAUCAAAGUAAACAGAUAUUUUCUCUUCAAAGUAAGUACAUUUAAUUUGUUUUCACGAGGACUUAAU